AUUAUUUGUGUUCAUUAUAAACUGUGAUGAAUUAUCUCUGGGAUUUUCGUGUGAAUGCUAAUUUUCUGUCUUCCUUGUUGUUCAAUCAUGCAAAAUCCCUCCAAGAAAGUUUUAUGUUUUGAAUUUAAUAAUGUUGUAAUCCUAAAUGAUUCUUUUUGUGUAAUUUCUCCUGGAUUAUACUAUAUAAACCAUCCCAGUGUUUUAAAGCUAUGUACCUCCUUCAAGUAUGAUUCCUCUGAUCUGCAUUUUUCCGUUGUUUCCUCUUCUAAUAUGUCCUUUUCUUUUAAUUGAAGCUGCUGCGAAUAAUCUCACCCUCUCUUAUCAGCAUCCCAACCCUGAAGCUGUUGUGCAAGAAGUUCAAAGGAGAAUACUUACUUCCGCCUCCAAUGUGGAGUUAAAUGACCAACUAUCCUGCACCACCGGGAACCCAAUUGAUGAUUGCUGGCAAUGUGACCCGAACUGGGGCAAUGACCGCCAGCGCCUUGCUGACUGCUCCAUAGGCUUUGGUCAGGGAGCCAUUGGAGGCAAGGGGGGACAGAUCUACGUCGUAACUGACUCUUCUGACAACAAUGUGGCGAAUCCACAACCAGGCACCCUGCGUUUUGCAGUCAUCCAAGUUGAGCCCCUCUGGAUCAUCUUCUCAGCUAAUAUGCAAAUCAAGCUAUCCCAUCAGCUCAUUGUUAGUAGCUUUAAGACCAUUGAUGGUCGCGGUGCUAGUGUGUACAUUACAGGAAAGGGUUGCAUUACAGUUCAAGAUGUCAGCAAUGUUAUUAUUCACAAUAUCCAUGUUUACAAUUGUGUUCCAUCUGGUAGUGGCGAUAUACGGUUAAGUCCAACUCAAGUAGAACAUAAAGGCAAAUCAGAUGGCGAUGGGAUAAGCAUUCACCAUUCUAGGGAUAUUUGGGUUGAUCAUUGUGCUGUUUCACGUUGCACAGAUGGUUUGAUUGAUGUCACGGAGGGAUCUACAGCUGUAACGAUUUCAAACAAUUAUUUUUCGCACCAUGACAAAGUGAUGUUGUUGGGUCACAGUGAUAACUACAUGCUUGAUAAGGGUAUGCAGGUGACUAUAGCAUUUAACCAUUUCGGAGUUCAGUUAGUUCAACGUAUGCCUCGGUGUAGACAUGGUUACUUUCAUGUUGUGAACAAUGAUUAUACGGAGUGGAAGAUGUAUGCAAUUGGUGGUAGUGCUGCUCCCACAAUCAUUAGUCAGGGCAAUCGCUAUGUUGCACCAAAUGAUGACUCCUCCAAACAGGUGACUAAAAGGCUGGACGCGGACAAGGGAGAUUGGGCAGGGUGGGAGUGGAUAUCAGAAGGGGACCUGAUGGUAAAUGGAGCAUACUUUCUCCCCUCAGGUCAAGGUCUAAACAAUCUGUAUUUCAAGGACUCUGGUGCUGAGCCCAAGUCUGCUGCUAUGAUCGACAGGCUCACUUCCAAUGCUGGUGUCCUCGGUGGCCCAAGGGACAACGGUGACCAUACAUCACAGAACAGUCGAACAAAUCCAGAUGAAAAUGGGAGUGGUGGCGACCCGACUUUUGGGAACUACGGAUCAGGUGGCGAGGGCAUAAGUUAUGGGAGCGGUGGCAUUGCUUUUGGAAGCAGCGGCAAACAACUAUUAUCUGCUGCAAACAUAUUCAUGUCUCUACUGGUCAUAUCAGCAUUGGAGAUGAUCUCCGGCAAUAUUGCAGCAUUAGCACUUCCAUAGCAACUAAUCUAAUAGAAAGUACUAUUAUGUAUCACAAAUUGUUCUCAAAUGAUGCGACGUCGAUGGAUAUCCUGAAUUAGAGAAAUAUAGCUUGGUUUUGCAGGAGUAUUUUCAUAUUAACAAAUGUUUAUUAAGAUGAUGGACUAGGUAAACAACUUGACAUGUGCAGAAUCUCCCUUUGGGGAUUCAGGUUCAAUGUCAAAGCGUUUGCCUUGUUUGUA